GCGGGAGCCCGGAUGCGGAUCCAGUUGAUUGAUAAGCGCCCGGCACCGCAGUAAUGGCUGCUCUCGGAAUUGCGACGGGUGGUAGAAAUUGGUUUUCGGCUUUGGCGCUCGGGGUGACUCUCCUCAAAUGCCUUCUCAUCCCCACCUACCAUUCCACAGAUUUUGAAGUACACCGAAACUGGCUUGCUAUCACUCACAGUUUGCCAGUAUCACAGUGGUAUUAUGAGGCAACUUCAGAGUGGACCUUGGAUUACCCCCCUUUUUUUGCAUGGUUUGAGUAUGCCCUGUCACAUAUUGCCAAAUAUUUUGAUCAAGAGAUGCUGAAUGUCCAUAACCUGAAUUACUCCAGCUCAAGGACCUUGCUUUUCCAGAGAUUUUCUGUCAUCUUAACAGAUGAACUCUUUGUGUAUGCUGUCCAUGAGUGCUGUAAAUGCAUUGAUGGGAAAAAAGCAGGUAAAGAACUUACAGAGAAGCCGAAGUUUAUCCUAUCAGUGUUACUGCUUUGGAACUUCGGGUUGCUAAUUGUGGACCAUAUUCAUUUCCAGUACAAUGGUUUUUUAUUUGGAUUAAUGCUACUCUCCAUUGCACGAUUAUUUCAGAAAAGGUACACGGAAGGAGCGUUUCUCUUUGCUGUUCUUCUACACUUCAAGCACAUCUACCUCUACGUAGCACCAGCUUAUGGUAUAUACCUGCUACGGUCUUACUGUUUCACUGCAAAUAAACCAGAUGGGUCCAUCCGAUGGAACAGUUUCAGCUUUGUCCGUCUUAUUUCCCUGGGACUGAUUGUUUUCCUAGUUUCUGCUCUUUCAUUGGGUCCUUUCCUAGCCUUGAACCAGCUGCCUCAAGUCUUGUCCCGACUCUUCCCUUUCAAGAGGGGCCUCUGCCAUGCAUAUUGGGCUCCAAACUUCUGGGCUUUGUACAAUGCUUUGGACAAAGUGCUCUCCGUCAUUGGUUUGGAAUUGAAACUUCUUGAUCCCAACAAAAUUCCCAAGGCCUCAAUGACAAGUGGUUUGGUUCAGCAGUUCCAACACACAGUCCUUCCUUCAGUGACUCCCAUGGCCACCCUCAUCUGCACUCUGAUGGCCAUAUUGCCCUCUGUUUUCUGUCUUUGGUUUAAACCUCAAGGGCCUAGAGGCUUUCUCCGAUGUCUGAUUCUUUGUGCCUUGAGCUCCUUCCUGUUUGGGUGGCACGUCCAUGAAAAAGCCAUACUCCUCGCAGUUCUCCCAAUGAGCCUUCUGUCUGUGGGAAAAGCAGGAGAUGCUUCAAUUUUUCUGAUACUGACCACAACAGGACAUUAUUCCCUCUUCCCUCUGCUCUUCACUGCACCAGAACUUCCCAUUAAAAUCUUACUCAUGUUACUAUUUACCAUCUAUAGUAUUUCCUCACUGAAGACUCUCUUCAGAAAAGAAAAGCCUCUUUUUAAUUGGAUGGAAACUUUCUACCUCCUUGGCCUGGGGCCUCUGGAAGUCUUCUGUGAGUUUGUGUUCCCUUUCACCUCCUGGAAAUUGAAGUACCCCUUUAUCCCUCUGUUACUGACCUCAGUGUAUUGUGCAGUGGGCAUCACAUAUGCUUGGUUCAAACUGUAUGUUUCAGUAUUGACUGACCCUCCUGUCCGCAAGACAAAGAAACAAUGAAUAAAGGAACUGCUUGGAUGUAUUCCAAACAAUUAUUUCAUGGGAAAUUAAUCAGAACUUGAAGAAAGUUGCUGGUGGCAUGAACCAUUCAUUUCAGUUGUUCUGUUUGGAGGACCAUUCUUCUAAACUUGGCCUUGCCCAGCCUAGCAACCUGAUUGUCACCAUGGUGAGAAGCCAUUUGUCCUCCAAAAGCAAUGAAACACAUUUGAAACAAAUCUCACCUUGCCCUGUUAAAAUUGUCUGAGAUCAUUGGACUGCUGUGCUUGCUCAAGGCAAGCAGGGAGUCUACCAACGGCGUGAUUAUUUGUAGCCUGUGAUGACCGUGGUCAGGCUAUAAAGCAUAAUUCGAAUCAUGUGCUAAGGGAAAUGUAAAUAAAGUGCUAUUUUGUAUUUCUGAACAAAAAUGUUUUGGAUCAUACCAGCUCCUACACUUUCCUGUUGGCAUGCACGCAAGCACAUGGUGUGCUGUCCCUAUUGUAUAAACCUUGUUCCAGGAGAUUUUUUUUUUUUCCACUGGAAUCAUACAAUGACAAUACUCACAAAGCCAGGGGGAGAAUGUUUAAUGAACUGGUUUGGCCUGUCAGCAGAGGCUAUAAACCGCAUCUAUGCCUGCAUUUAGUUAAAGGACAUCUUGUCCAGUUCAUUUAUUCUAACAGCAAGCAGUUAGUUUUUGAUAAGGCUGCCACUUCUUAAACUUUCUUCAUGUGAACAAACUUAAGUGGUUUUUUAGUGGUUUUUGCAACCUGGCCUUCUGUAAGAGUACUUCAUACACACUUUUUAUCCAGGACCCCAGUCUGCCUAAUACCUACUGCACGUUCAAAUUCAGCCAACGUCUAUCUAGCCAACACCAGGACCUUUCACACAUUUUCUUUACCGUUUAUCCUUUAGAAGAGCAGAGUCCAAAGCCAACGGCAGCCUGGGAUGCUAAUCCAGCUAUGUACCAUCCCUUAAAUUCACUCAAUUCUCUGAGCCUUCCUUGGAGUCUCAUUGAAGAGAUAAAGAUAGGAAUUUUGCCAAAGGGCGAGAGAAGCAUAGCCCCUAUGGCCUGUUUUCCUCAUCACAGUCCCCCUCGCACUUUGGGUUCCAGCUGUCCUAACUGAAAAUUGCCAGAGUGCCAUGCUAUUUUGUACCUCUGCUUUCUUUCAUUCGUUCUGCUUCCUCUUUCUCUCUCUCUCGGCUGACUUUUCUACCCUGUCAUCUGAUUGUACAUACUUCAAGAGCAAACAUAACCACUACCAGAUCUAUGAAUAUACAGGUAGUACAGUGUAGUGAUUAAGAGUAGGAACCCUGACUUAAAAUCCUGCCUCCAGGGGCGCCUGGGUGGCUCAGUCAUUAAGCAUCUGCCUUCAGCUCAGGUCAUGAUCCCAGGGUCCUGGGAUCGAGCCCCACAUCGGGCCCCUGCUCAGCGGGAAGUCUGCUUCUCC